CAACAUCUUCUCGAAAACUCUAUAAAUAAGAUGCUAAUCUCACCAUGCUUAGGCUUGAAGAAGCAAACAAUCUUCAUUCUUCAAAACAUUAUAACAGAUUCGAAAAUGGUGGGACCUUCUCUCAAUGCUCCGAAGCCUCCGACCACAGCCGCAACAAUCAAAUUCCUGUGUAGUUAUGGCGGGAGGAUUCUUCCUCGGUAUCCUGAUGGCAAGCUUCGGUAUCACGGUGGCCAGACACGUGUACUCUCCGUUGCUCGCUCCAUCUCGUUCUCUGAAUUGAUGGCGAAACUUGGUGAAUUGUGCGGGAAGUCGGCGAGUUUGAGAUGUCAAUUGCCGACGGAGGAUUUAGAUGCGCUUGUUUCCAUUACAUCUGAUGAAGAUCUUGUGAAUCUCGUUGAGGAAUAUGAUCUAGCAGCUUGUCUACAAUCGUCAUCUCUAAAAAUUAGAGCGUUUCUAUGUUUUCCAAAGAAAUGCUCUCCGACUCCUUCCACCGCCUCUGCCUCUGGAUCUGCAUCUAGUUCUUCCACAGGCACACCUACGCUUGAGGCGGCGUCACCGCAACCUCCUUCUCCAUCUUCUUUUUAUCCGGCUUCGAGGUUUCCUGUUAGCGCAACAAAUCCAUACAUCCAUACAGCACCGUUGAAACCCCCUGUAAAACUUCCAUUCUGCUACAACAAAUCCGCCGGAAAGCUUCCUUGUUCAGGAAUCGGGACAUUAUCUUUCGCUUGCAAUUCCAGUGGAGAUAUGAUCAUCCUAAGCUGCUUGCAGCUGAAGUCAUCAAAGUAUAUGAGGAGUCGAUUGUUUUGGGUGGAAUAUUAUUAAAAUGGAAAAUAGAUGAUAUUUUGGUGGGUCAUUUUAUUCUGAUUGAAGAUUUGUAUGGUGGGUUUUGCGGUUUGGACUUUUUGGAGUUGGGCCAACUUUAAGUGGUGGGAGUCGGAAAGCUUGGCACGACCGUUGUUAUAAAUAUAGAAUAUUCUAUUUGGUAAAAAGAAAAAUUAAAAUUGGUGGAAAGGUUGCAACUGGAAUUGGAAGGGAUAACCCAAAAAUAGAGCAGAAAGACAACUGAGAUUUGAGAGGUUGAGACUAUUGAGAGACUGAGAAUAAGACUGAAUUUAACGAGACAAAAUAUAAGAUGAAAUACCAAAGUCCUAUGACCUAAAAUAUAAGGAGUAUAUGGUAAGAUGUCAUUUAGCCUGAGUUGAUAGUUAUAGGGGUGUUCGUUUGGAUGAAUCGGUGUAAUCCGAUCUGAUCAAGUGAAUCCAAAUUAAUUUCGGUUUUCAAAACGUAAAUCCAAAUAGUCCAAACUAAAUUCAAAUCCGAUCCGAUCCAACCAAAUUAUAAUUCGGUUGGAUCGGUUUUUUACAACUUGGUUUUCAAAAAUUAAGACAUUUUAACAAAUAUAUAACUUUAGUAUUAACUUACUUUAUAAUAUAAAUUAAAAAUAUUGUUUAAUUAGUUGUGAAUUAAAACUUAUAAAUAACUAUCAAGAAAAAUAUAUUAUAAUUUACUAUUUUAUAGACAAUUGUUUUUGAUAAAAAGUACAUAUUAAAAUAUUAUAAUAGAUGAAAAAUUUUAAUAUACUAAAAGAAUAAUUUAGUAAAUUUAUAAAUUAUUAAAGAUAUAUAUUAAAAAAAACAAAAUAAUAAAUUGCAAUUUGGGUUUUUUGGAUUAUUCGGUUUUUAUUUUAUAAACCAAGACCAAUCCGAAAUCUAAAAUAAUAAUUCGGUUUUGCUAAAAACCAAUUCAAAAAUCCGAAUAUCCGAAACAAAUAGUUCGAUCCAAAUUGUCCAAUUGGACAAUUCGCUUUUCUCCAAAUAAUGAACAGUCCUAGAUAGUUAUAAUCCUACUUGGGAUAAAAUGUAGAUUUAAGACGGGGUAAGUUAGAGGAGCUGGGCAUUUGGUUCGUUUUGGUUGACAUGGAAUAAAAUAUGUUUUUAAAAAAGAAUUAGAAAAUAAAUUUUAUAAUAAAACAAAAAUACCCUUAUUGAUUUUUGUAGUUAAUUAUAUUUUUUAAUAAACACGACCAAGUUUUAUUUAGUUACACCAGUCUUUAUACAACUCUUCUACAAAAUUUGAAUUAAAAUAAUAACUAUCAUAUAUUUUGUUGAACACAUACAGGUAUAUGUUUUUGAUAUGUGGUUUAUCCCCAUUGUAUAUUUGUAGUAACUUGCAUACCGUAAUAAAAAACCAUAUUAUAACAUUCAUAACUUUAUUCUAAAAUGUAACAACUAUUUGACUUUUUUUUGUAUGUUUUCUUCUAGUUAGACUAAUUCGUACAAUUUCUUGAUCAUUCCCUACAAAAGGAAAAUUUUACACUUCAAAGACAAUAAUUGAUAAUGUUGUAAAAUUAGAUUAUUAACAAUUUAAAUUGUUGCAAGUUCAAUUGUAAUCAAUUGGUAAACGCUAUUAGUAUAAAAAGGAAUUAAUUGGUCGUUUCAAAUAACAAGUUUAUCAAAUAGAAAUGUAGAUGAAAGUAAAAAACUAAACACUUUGUCAAUUUGAUUUUGUGAAAUUAGUCAUUAUUAAUUAUGGAUUUUAAAUAAUUUAAGGACUUUUGUUAUUUUCUUGAAGAAAAUAAACAUAAAUGGUAAAAAGAUGGGACACAAAAAAAUUCAUGCAUGCAAAAAAAAAAAAAAGGAAAAAGUCAUAUUGUUUAUAUUUUAUUUUACUUUAUUUUAUUAUUAUCUCUCAGUAGUAGGAGGAUGGUUGUGUAAUUUAAAAUUAGG